AUGGCGGGAAUCUGUUUGGACUACGCGGCGAGUAGAGUAUCCAGUGAUGCAAAAAUUUGUUGCUAUUAUGCUGUCUGUACUCCACGAGAAGACUGGGCGGUUGACAAAUCGCCAUCUACUUGUCUUAUGAGCUUUGAAGAGCGCUGCAUUAACUUUCAGUUGAUUCUCGCAAAGCUUAUUGAGCUGUCAUAUGCCAAUGUCCGGACCUUCGAACUCUGUAAAGCUCUAGACCAUUGUGAAUCCUAUACGAUUGCAUACAUCAGACGAAAGGGAGCCAAGAAACAAGACAUGCGGAGCACUGACAAGAAGAAGGCCGCUGGUAGAACUUGA